CCAUAAUGAUAAUCGAACAUAACUAUUCAUGGUCUAAUCAAAGACCGCUCUUGUCUAAAGUAGAACAAGGGCGUUAUUAAAGAGACCCUCAGAAAUUACAGUGAAUUGAGGCGUGCGCGAUGAAGGAGAUAACUUUCAUCAUCAAUAUCAUUCGUGAGUUUACAAAGGUGGCAAUUAAGAGGAAUUUCAUUGAACAAAGCAACAAGGCACAAUCAACAUACCACGGCUGUACACACAUGGACGUAUAUCUUUUUUCAGAUUUGACUCUACCACAACAUGACAUCAAUACUUACAACUUCUGUGCUUUUCUUAGUCUUAGUACUAGGAACAGGACUCGGCAUUGGAAACCCGCAGAAUCCAUUUCUAAAGGCUCAGAGAGAAAACGAAAUUAGCCGCUACAGUGUAGGGUUUUCACCCGUUCGCAAUCGCCCCUUCUCCCCUCAACCCUCACCCACCCCUCAGACUUCUCCUACCACAGUGACAGCCCCUUCUAGCACAACUCCGAAGGGCACCACGCCUCCCAGGUACAUUAUCAAUCCCUACGGAGUGCCACAAGCCAUCAAUUAUCACCAGCCUUUCACAGUGCCAAGCUCGGUCAAUGUUCCGGGAUCCAUUGACAUAAGCUAUGGUGUUCCAUCACCUUCAGUAUUCACCGCAUACCAACCCCUUUCACAAACUUUGCCAACAACUACUCGGUCAGUGCCUGUGUACAGAUCCUCCACUACAACAUUUAAACCGAUAAUGACAACAACUACGACAACAGAGAGAAGAAAAUCGACCACUCCUUCAUGGGACGCAUUUGAAGCCCCUAUGUCUCCCGUUGUACCAAGACCCAAGGGUUAUGAAAGUUAUGGAUCACCUCAUGCUCCACCAAUAGAGCCAGAGCCUUUAUCUUACGCUAAUCACGCUCCAGAAUCAUAUGCUGGAUACUAUUACUAUUAUUAUCCUUUGGAAGUGAGCACCCCUUCCACCACCACCACCACAACUACCACCACCACCACCACCACCACCACCACCACCACGAAAAAGCCAUUGGUAGCCUUCUUGACCUCACCCAAUGUGAUUGGCUUCGGGGUGAUAGUGUUGAUCCUCGUUGUUUUCGUUCCUGGAAUCGCGAACCGUCUGAACCAAGGCCGAGGCAAGCUACCUAAGAUGGAUGAAUCCAUAUUUUGCUUCGUCAUUUUCUGCAAAUGCACCUCCAGUAGUACACUCUCUCUCACUCAUUGAGCCAGUUAGUCAGUCAGUCAGUCAGUCAGUUAUACAUCCUAGCGACCACUUGAACGGCCUUCUCAGGUCAAAGGCUUGAAGCCCAAUCAUGACGAAUCGAAAACAUUCAAUCAUUCAAAUUGAAAACAAUUGGCAGUAUUACUAGUCAAAAGUGAAACCGUGCCUGGGUCGCCACUCUUUCAAGCCUCGGUAGCGCAACUUGGACGCGUACCUGGGGGAUUGAAUUUCAUUCGGUGUCAAAUCAGGAAUCUCGUUCUCACAAGUCACUCGUGAAAGUGAAAGGCUAUUUCAAGACUUGGGAAACGAGUGUGACUAAUUAGAAAAUGCUCGGCAUGCCAACAUUCUUCUUCUCUCACUGUCCGCCACGAGAGUUCCAUCCUCCAGUCCAAGUACCAGAAUGUACAUACGAGUAUGCACAUCAGAUAAAG